UCCUCCCAAAAACUCCAAAAAUAAUGGGCAACUGUAACAGCUCAUCAUCUUCCAACCAAACUUCCGCCGGCGCGUCCACUUCCACCGCCGGCGCGUGCACUUCAUCGCCGCCUUCAUCCACCGGUAUCCGUAUAAUCCCUUCAUCACAACCACCGCCACCACGUCCACUCUCAGGUAUCGGCCGUGUACUCAAUCGCCCACUUGAAGAUGUUCGUUCUAUCUACAUUUUUGGUAAGGAAUUAGGUCGUGGUCAAUUCGGAGUUACUUAUUUAGUAACACAUAAACACACGCGCCUGCAAUUCGCGUGUAAGUCAAUCGCUACGAGGAAACUUAUUAAUAAGGAUGAUGUUGAGGAUGUUCGUCGUGAAGUUCAGAUUAUGCAUCAUCUUACUGGUCAUCGGAAUAUUGUUGAACUUAAAGGUACCUUCGAGGACAAGCAUCAUGUUCAUCUUGUUAUGGAACUUUGUGCCGGCGGCGAGCUUUUUGACCGGAUAAUUGCUAAAGGACAUUAUUCCGAGAGAGCUGCCGCUGGAGUUUGCCGGCAGAUGGUGACUGUGGUUCAUAAUUGUCAUUCUAUGGGAGUUAUGCAUAGGGAUUUAAAGCCUGAAAAUUUCCUUUUUUUGAGCUCAGAUGAGAGUUCACCGUUGAAGGCUAUUGAUUUUGGGCUAUCAGUCUUUUUCAAACCAGGUGAUGUGUUCAAAGACCUAGUUGGUAGUGCAUAUUAUGUGGCUCCUGAAGUUCUGCGCCGAGAAUAUGGACCUGAAGCUGAUAUUUGGAGUGCUGGAGUUAUUCUAUACAUUCUACUUAGUGGUGUUCCACCAUUUUAUGGAGAAAAUGAUCAAAGUAUCUUUGAUGCUGUUCUUCGAGGUCAUCUUGAUUUUUCAUCUGAUCCUUGGCCUUCAGUAUCAAGUAGCGCUAAAGAUCUUGUUAAGAAGAUGCUACGAUCUGAUCCUAGGGAAAGGCUUUCUUCAGCUGAAGUCCUAAAUCAUCCAUGGAUGAGAGAAGAUGGUGAUGCACCUGACAAGCCUCUUGACAUUGCUGUCUUAUCUAGAAUGAAACAAUUCCGUGCUAUGAACAAGCUGAAGAAAGUAGCACUGAAGGUAAUUGCUCAAAAUCUCUCCGAAGAAGAAAUCAUUGGCUUGAAGGAAAUGUUCAAAUCCAUAGACACAGAUGACAGUGGGACAAUCACAUUUGAAGAAUUGAAAGCUGGUCUUAAAAAAAUGGGCACAAAGCUUUCUGAGUCAGAAGUCAGGCAGUUGAUGGAAGCGGCUGAUGUUGAUGGAAAUGGAACAAUUGAUUACCUUGAGUUCAUAACAGCUACGAUGCACAUGAAUCGCAUGGAAAGAGAAGAUCACUUGUACAAAGCGUUUGAGUAUUUUGACAAGGAUAAUAGCGGGUAUAUCACGAUGGACGAAUUGGAGCAUGCCCUGAAGGAAUACAAUAUUACUGAUGAAAAAACAAUGAAAGAGAUCAUUGCUGAAGUUGACACAGACAAUGAUGGAAGAAUCAAUUACGAUGAAUUCGCUGCCAUGAUGAGGAAAGGUAAUCCAGAUUUUGUCAAUAAUAGACGUCGCAGAUGAACCCCACGAAAUCAUAAAGCACCAUUUGAUUAGCAUUGCUGCUUCAGUGAGUUUACCAGUGGAACCUCUAAAGAUCCGAUCAGUUCCCUGUUUUUAGCUCUCUGGGAUUGUGAGAGUUUUGGUCCUCUUCAUCCAUAUUGAACAAAAAAGUUCAGCUUUUUGGUCAAUUGGCUGUUGAGUUCCUUGUUGAGUUGAGCUUCUGGUUUGGUUUAGGAUGUUCCCAUUGAAUACAGAUAUGAGUGAUACAAAUCUGAAAAUCCACUUGGUGUAUAGUAUAUACAAUUGAUGAGAUGAUGUACUUAUCUGGUUCAUACUUCAACCUCUUGAAACAAAUGAAGAGAAAGUCCAUAUCUCCUU